GCAUUCGCCUCUGACGACUAUUCUCAUUCUUUCUUACUUUAAAACACUGAGCAAUGUCAUGCGAAUCUUGUACAGGCUGCUUCGAGACGACACCUUGCAGUACACCCACCUCUACUAUCAAAGGAAGUAUCACCAAAGAAUACCUAAAGUUCGUCAAGGCAGCCACUGCUUGCGAGAAAACAGUUGAUAAGAGAAAGCCUUUAGCUCGAGGAGAUCAUGAGGAUCAUGCCUUCAAUACCAUGAUCAGUAUCCUUGCUAACCGUCAAUUCACAGCCCAAACAUAUCUUACGAUGUCACUCGAACAUCUUGGAUCGGAUAAGUUUUUACGACUGGCACGGUCACUAGCACAUCAUGGAUUCUGGGGUAGAUUGAUCACCUGGGCGUUUCUGUUUGUAAAGGAGGACAGCCUGCUUCUGCAGUCAUUGCUAGAUAAACAUGACCAAGAGCUGUUGCAACAUGUGAACGAUGAAGCCGAAAUAUUCGAGCUUUUCAACCCUGCGGUGAGUGACGUUCGACGUGUCGUGUGGAGUUCUGGCCCCAUUCCUGGCUAUUAAAAUAGAUCUGUUAUUCUUAAUAAAUGUAAAACAAAA